AUGAAACGUAACCGGGGCCAAAGAUACCUAUUUUGCACGAACGGCAGACUGAAAUUCGCGUUUGAAAUUGAAUAUCUCAAGAAAAACAAGAUUUCCACUUACGGAACAAGCUACUUUCUUCAGGUCUAUCCGUGUGGCGAAAACGAAAAGAUGGGUGGAGGAGGCCUAACUUGCAGCCAUGGUAAGUUUGCCAAAAUAUCUCCAGGCCCACACUCGACACGUGACGACGUUGCCCUCCUCGCUUUCAAGUUUGAACAUGGUCAACCCAUCGCUGCCAUUUCACGACCCAACGCUCCCACAGUCGACGAGCUUUUGCAGGCCAACAACAAAAAGUUGACGUUCCAUUGGCGCUGCGGAAUAUGCCUCACAAAACUCCCCCCGCCCGGUUGUCAAAGCGGGGACUACUUUGAUCUUCAAGGAGUCGAAACUGGGGCAAAAAUGUUCAAGCUUGGAAUGGAUCUUGAUAUUUUCUCUGCCUUCGAACAACAUCGCGAUGACCUCGGACAGUUUUUUUAUGCAGGAGAUCAAGAGAAAAAUGGUAUGGUCCGAUGUGGAUCCUGCCACUUUGGUCUUUUCCUACCAAAUUAUGUCUCCUUAUCUCCUCCACGGCAAAUACUCGAGUACAUUUUGGAACACAUCACAAAAACGGGUCCAGGUUGUUUAAACCUGGCCGGGGCACUCGCCCUCAAAACGCUGCCUAAAUCUCUUCAACCAUAUCUCUAUUUAUACAGUCUCAUUAUACUCAAGGAAAAGGAGGUUGAAGACAUACAGAUCCUCACGCCAUGCCUACCUCCUCUAUCCAUUUUACAGGACGAUAAAUUUGUCCGAGCUCAGAGAAGCGUACUCCCGGGCCACUCGAAUGCCGUCCGAAUAUUCGAUGUUUCCGCUCUCGGCAAGGAGUUCAGAAAUAAAUACGGGAUACGGCGGGAGGGAGGAAACCAGGUUAGAUAUCUGCCCAUAAGAUGGGUUCAUCGAUAUCGUUGCGCGAUUUGUCUCACAAGGAUUUCUCCCGCUGGUGCUCAGUACGGAGAGUUCUUGGAGCUAUCUACACGUAUAGAGAACAAAUUCAAUGUUUUGAAUGGAGUUUCACUUGGUGUGCUUCACCCAGGCUUUGGCAAAAAGUCCAUACCUCGCCCAGAUAAUCCCAUGCUCAGCAGGGUUGACGGACUCCCCGACCCAAUGUCAAUUCUUCCAUUUCUUGGGCUUUAUUCCCUUGUCCCAUUGAGAAUUGAGGAGCUGGCGAGUGCAGACGUCAAAAUAUACACUCCACUUCGUCCAGACCUCUCUAUUUAUCGAGAGGGCCAUUGGCUCAUCGCCCCGUUCGACGAAGUCCUUCCUGACAACGCCUUAACAGCACGAAUUUACGACGCUGCUAGUCUCAGCCCAGAUCACUUCCUUUCCAAUUCGUUCGGGAUAAUACCUCUGGUAGAGGAAGACCCUGAAUUCGAUAAAAAUCAUUUCUGGCGGUUACCAAUCGAUCUGGGGGUGGUAUUGGCAGCCUUUUUGGACCGUGCGAUUGUUGUUCCCGACAGCUGGAGCACUUAUCAUGUGAGGCUGGCUAAAAGCAUAUACGCCCUCCUCUACGUUCAGAAACAUAGCUGGAACGGGGACAGGAUUUCCUUCCAGCCAGAGAAAGAGAAGGACAGUCUCCGGAAGCGGAAGCGCUGA